AUGUGCACCUGUCCUCCGGGUCCGGCUCUGCGCCUGCUCCUUGUACCAGCUACUGCCACUGCAGCUGGCCCUGCGUCUACUCGAUGCCACCAGGUCUACAUUCUCUGCUUAGGAACCUCAGCAGUCUGGAGCUGCCUCCUGCUGUCAGGGACAAUGGUGGAAAGGCCCCGGGGCAAGGGGACAGGGUCAGGUGGGAGGGGCGGGUUGCAAGGUGGAAAUGGAACCAGGAGACACCGGACAGAGAGGAUUCAGAUGGGGCAGGAGGCGCAGGAGGGGCCGUACCUCUGCAGGCACUGGGCAGGAAGAGCGGCAGCAACAUAUGUAACAGCUACUGGUGCCCACCUUGCAGCCUGGCAUUACAUUGGCAUUUGUGGUGGCUUCACAUUCAUUCUACUGCAGCUAGUGUUUAUCACAGCCUUUUCACACUCCUGCAACAAGAACUGGCAAGCAGGUAUACCCCAAGACUUCAGCUGGUCCCCUGUACUGCUGGCCAGCCUGCAAUUCUACAGCAUGGGUGUGGGAGCUGUGCUUCUGUUCUGCCACUACACACGGCCAGCCAGCUGCCUGCCCAACAAGAUGCUGCUCAGUCUGCACCUCUGCUUUUGUGGCCUCCUCUCCUUCCCCUCCAUCGCUUCCUGCAUCCGCCGGACUGGCUUUCUCCUCCCCAGUACUCAAGGACAGACUCACACCAUGGGCCUGCCUGGCCCAAGCAGAAUGGAACACCAAACACCAGAUACCUCACUAGCAGUGUGGAGUGCUGGCAGCAUGUAUGCUUGUGUGCUGUUUGCUUGGUGUGUAAAGAUACCACCAGAAGGGAUGAUGUCCAGGACCAGGAGGGCCGCAAAGCAGGGCAGCCAGACAGCUGACCAAGAAACCCCACCAGCCAGCUCCUCCGUCCGAGACCAGCAUCUCUCCUACAGCUAUUCUGCCUUCCAUCUGUCUUCCUUGCUUGUCAUGGUUACCCUUACCAACUGUUUCAGUUAUAAGGAAGCAGACCUAGAAAAGACAUUCUUCACCAAGGGUAACCAGACUACCUUCUGGGUCAAGACUGUCUCAUGCUGGGCCUGUGUCCUCCUCUACCUGGGAAUGCUACUGGCAUCACUGUUGGUCCUCCAUCCAAGAGCCCCAGCCACCUCUUCAAGUAACACUGCCAUUGCUUUAGUAUUGCCAGACAACAGCCCCUCACACCUUUUUUUUCAAUAA